GGAUUUUUGAAAAUGCCUGUAGCUCAGUUCUGCAUCAUUUUCUUCAGCUGCAUUAACAAUGCAGGCCAGACCUGCUGUCUUCCUUGCAGAAACAAAUGGGCUGUUCUUAUCGAUUCCAGGAUCCCACAGUGCCUUUACUAAUGGCUUGGGGUGACCUUCCUGCUGCAGUAUACUGCAAAUGCAAAGUGCUGGACAGCAAGCGUGAGAGAGACUCAUAACUCUGUACUUUCCGACUCCGGGAUUGACAGGAGGAAGGACAGAGGAACAGUGAGCUGAGGCCAGAUAUCUGAACUCUGACUCUCUCAGCAUCACAGCAGCAAUGUUUUCUGCUUCAAGAGGUUGCUUGAACUUCUAGUAAGCUGCCGACCAUGCCAUUCUGAAGCACCUGAAAUUAAGCUGUUCGACGUCAAGCUCUCACCUGCUCCAUGCUUUAUUAAUGACCACUGGGACUGACGCACUGCAGCGUUGACAGAUGCACACAGAUCACAGCAGACAGGACAGGAACCUUCGCUGAAUUACUUAAGGUUUGAUCAAAACUGGAAAGUACAGUCACAGCAAACUAGACAUGGUUAUAAGGACAGUGAUUUUUCAUUAAAGUCUCCAAGCCUGACUUUAAAUGUCUUGCUGCUACAGUUGAAAUGAUUGGCAGGGUUAUUAGGGCCUUUGGUACAAUGUCUUUGAAUACUCUGUCUGAAUUUUAUCGGUACUAUAACUGUAAAUACAACUGAGCAUGAUUAGACAUUAAGUGGGGAAAGGACUGAUGUUCCGGAGCGAUGUUCUUUAAAUAACUGCUCGUGAUUGGCCAGCGGGCUGGUUGGCAAGCAAGCCAGCCAGUGGCGAGAUGCCCUCAAAGGUGUCAUGUCUGUACUUGCUCACAGUGCUCUGCUGGGCCAGUGCUCUCUGGUACCUCAGCGGCUCCCGGCCAUCCACCGCCUACGUGGGCCAGAUGUCCAUCCCCAUCCGCAAGCAAUCACCCAGGCUCCUGAAGAACAUGACCUUCAGCAACAUCCGUACGCGCACUCUCAACCCGCAUGGCUUCCGCUUCCUCAUCAACGAGCCAAGUAAGUGCGAGGGCACCGCACCCUUCCUCCUCAUCCUCAUCAGCACCAACCACAAGGAGUUUGACGCACGGCAGGCUAUCCGGGAGACGUGGGGCGAUGAGAGCAUGUACAGUGACAUUCGCAUUGUCACGCUUUUCCUUCUUGGCCACAAUUCCGAGCCUGUGCUCAACCAGAUGGUGGAGCAGGAGAGUCAGAUUUUCCAUGACAUCAUUGUGGAAGACUUCGAAGACUCCUACCACAACCUAACCUUGAAGACCCUGAUGGGAAUGCGCUGGGUAUCCUCCUUCUGUCCCAACGCCCAGUAUGUCAUGAAGACUGACAGUGACAUCUUCGUCAACAUGGACAAUCUUGUUCUGAACCUCCUGAGACCAAAUGCCAAGCCCAGGCAACGUUUCUUCACAGGGCAUGUAAUAAACGGAGGGCCCAUCCGGGACACUCGCAGCAAGUGGUACAUGUCCAGGGAGAUGUACCCCGAGAGCAAGUACCCUCCUUUCUGUUCCGGAACUGGGUACGUGUUCUCCGGGGACAUGGCAGAGUUGAUCUAUAAGACUUCCCUCCACACGGCCCUCAUUCACCUCGAGGACGUGUAUGUGGGCAUGUGCUUGCGCAAGCUGGGGGUUCACCCCAUCCAGAACAGUGGCUUCAACCACUGGAAGAUGAGCUACAGCCUCUGCCGGUACCGCAGGGUGGUCACUGUGCACCAGAUCUCACCAGAGGAGAUGCACAGGAUAUGGAACGACAUGUCUAGCAAGAAGCAUCUCAAGUGUUAACAAAGACCAGACACUGCUGGUUUGGGGAGAAUGAACAUGCUUUACAUCACCGCUUUGCUAUUCACAGACCCUUAAUGAUGCUGUUGUAAUGUGGUUCUAUGAUCUAAAAACAUGGUCAAGUGGUUCAGUUGUUGGGGAUCUAACGGUGGUCUGUGGUUUAUGGCAGGGCUGUCCAGUCUUAUCUGCAGAGGGCUGCUGUGGCUGCAGGUUUUCAUUUCUACAAAGCAGGAGAUCACAUGAUCAUUUGUUUGAUGGCUGAGCCAUUGAUUAAACUAGUGGAAUCAGAUGUCCUCUCACUUGUUUAGAAUGAAAACUUGCAGCCACAGCAGCCCUUUGCAGAUAAGAUUGGACACCCCUGGUCUAUGGUAUAGUAGUCUCGCAGGCCAGACGUGAUCUCAUAAUGAGAACAUCUGGGGACAACCAUAAGAAAUGUAGGUGUGAACGUAGACUUAAAAGGUUGUGAACAAACUGGGGAGUGUAAUUUCUAAACCAAUUCAUCAACUCAUGAAGGAAGAUCUCAGAGUAGGGGGCGAAGGCGCACUUGUCAAUGGUGUCCAACAGACAGCAGGCCUGUCAUUAACCUAUGGCAUGUAAGGUCUGAAAAGUAGGAUUACUGGGUCAGGAAAACAAGCACACUAAAAUAUGGUGUGAAUAUGCUGCUGUGAGUCAGAAUAAUUUAAAAGUCAGAAGUGUCAGAUCAGAUUUAUCAGAUUUUCGGUCCACAUCAUAAGUCUUUACAUAUUAACGUCACACACGGGCUCAGAAAGAAAGUCUGGCUCAAUGUUUAGGUCUUACAUGUACUGAUAAAGAUAUGAUGACAAUAGUAGACAUCACCAGACAUCAUCAGGCUUCACGCCCAUCACCAGGUUCUCUUUGAAUACUCUUUCAACACGCAUGCAAUCAUCAGAUUCAUCCACUUGGGGAAAGGGGUCUGAAGCACAACCAGGGUGACAAAAUUUUCUACAGUUAUUUAUUUAUUUUUUUUAUGUAUUUUUUUACAAAAGUUGCAUGCAAUUAACAGUUCCACACGAGAGAUCUCCAAAUCCCAAAAAAUUACAUAGGCCCUCUGUUUUGCACGUUCACGUCUUGGGUUAGGGUGUCCCAAUUUU